AUGUCUUUCGUUUCAGACUCCUACAACACUACUUCAUUUGACUGCGACACUCCACACGAUCAACAAACUAAUUAUUAUACAUCCAAUCAUGGCUCUGUCAAAUCUUCCUCUGGACCUUCCACUCUACCUGAGCUUGGAAAUGCUUUUAAGAAAGGACGAAAGGGUCUCCCACCUGUAGAUCCAAAUGCACCAUGCUACAUCCAACAACUCUCUGUAGAGCUACUCACUCAUGUUUUUGCACAACUAAAUCCGGUCUGUCUUACCACAGCAGCAAAAGUAUGCCACCUCUGGCGCCAUAUUGUGAAUGACGAUAGUUGUUGGAAAACUGCAUUUGUGUCUUAUUUUGGAUCCCAACCUCAUAAGCGCUUGAGACCGAGUAGCUGGAAAUUGGAGUACAUUCUUCGAGCUGAUCUUCUUCGUAAAUGGGAAAAAGGAAGAGGAACAGUCAUGACUUUGGAUCCAAUGAUCAGAACCAUUGACGAUAUGUUUGUGGAUUUUGAAAACUCUUCGAUGACAAUGGGGGCUGCAGAACAUGGUCUUGGUGCCAGAUGCAAUAUAGACACCGGGAAAAUGGAAAAGCCAUUACUAUUCUGCUCAGGUGUACAGAUUCCUAUGGCUUUGACGUGUGUACAUGUGGAUCAGAGUCGUAUUCUGUGGGGAUCUGGUCAUGGUUAUAUCUCCUUGACAAUCCGUAACAAGACUCAUGAUGGAAGACGACCCAAGAUAUUUUCUGAAUUUCACCGAGGUGUCGUGAGAGCCUUUGCGUUCUCAAAGUCAACCCAUGAUGUCUUUCUCAGUGCUGGGGAUGAUUCGCGGAUCAAGAUCUGGAGUAUUUCCGAGGGAACUUGUGUAAAGAAUCUUCAUGGUGUGGAUGGGCAGCCAACUUGCCUAGAAACAACACAUGAUGGACACAUAAUUGCAGGUUUUGGAAAUGGAGCAAUUGUGAUCUGGGAUAUUCAAUUGAACGAGCUGGUAAAGCGCUACCGUGAACAACGACGUAACGGAGAAAGCUCAAACGAUGAAUCCGAUGAUGUUGCUGACAAUCGUAGAGUGAUAUCUCCGCCGAUUGUCGACAAAAGCACACCCGUAAAAUCGAUUAGAUACGAUCCAAAGUCAGAGAUGUUGAUGGUGGCCUAUGGUGACACCUAUCAAGUCAGAAAGUUCAGUAUCAACAAUGGAGAGUGUGUUGCAAUUUUUGAGCCCAAAGAAAAAUUGGGCAAGGUAACAUGUAUGGAGUGGGACACCGCCCUUCCAGCCGGAGCUCUUGCUGUUGAUUCUGGUUCUGGUCAUAGUUCUGGUUCUGGCUUUAAGAACAUACACAGCUACGUAAAAGGAGACAGUACCGUGAUUUCGCAAAGUACUCGAGAAAUUGUGGCAGUAAAGACGACUCAGAUUAUGGUCACAGGUGACUCGACUGGCACAGUAUAUUUGUGGGAUGGAGAUUCUAUCGAGAAAGAUGGUCUUGUUAGGCCUUUAAAGGUGAUGCAUGGCCAUAUCGCAGCCAUCAGUUCAAUUUAUAUAGAUGCUUUUAAGAUUGUUACUGGAAGUAAUGAUGGGUGGAUAAGAAUAUGGAAUCCUAUUACUGCCGCUAUAAUCAAUGUGCUUGGAAAUAAAAUCCCAAGAAACGCACCAGUAGAUCGUAAUGAUAUUAGCAUUAUGCGAGUGAACAAGAUUAUGUGCAGUGAUUACAAGGGAGUAGCUGCCAUCGGGCACCACUUAAAGACAUGGGAUUUUUCACCCAACAAACAAUUGCUUGCCCAACGUAAUUUAAGAGAGAAAGUAAAGGCACCCGGUGCUGGUCUCCGUGAUCAAAACCUUCACUACGAGAUCAAGCAAGAGCUCAAGGACUCUACAGAAAAACUGUCCCAGGAAAAGAAGGAGCGGUUUGUAAAGGCUAAAAAGGUACAUAAGUUGACCUUGGGUGGACUGUCCGACGAAGAGAUGCUGGCAUAUGCUACCAUGUUGUCCCAAGAGGAAAUGGUAUCAAACCGUGGCUAUGUAUCACACGAACAACAACAACAAGGUUCUUCUGGGGGUGCCAAAAACGACAUAAAUAACGGUGAUUACAUCAAUGACGAAGAGGAUGAAGACCUUCUCAGGGCUGUCAUUGCUAGUCUGAGUUUGACAGAAAACGAGCAGUACUGUGAUCAAGAAAUUUUGGCAACCAAAGCCGCAGUAAAUCACAGCAGCAAUAAUAGUAGUAUUGAUAGUGGUAGUGGUAGCAGCCUUGGUAGCAAUAGUUUUAUCCCCUCACUCCAACCCAAUCAAGCUGGUUUGGUUUCUCGUGGCAAAGAAACGGCAGAAAACGAUUUUCCUGAAAUCGACUUGAUUCGUUCAUGGCCAACUGUCAGUGGCAGCAUAAACGCCACUACCACCACAAACAACAGCCAAGACAAAGGCGACAAUGGUGGCAUUCAUACUCCUUCUCUCACUGUUAAUACACACAAUUGGAGUGAUGUGAGGAGCCGUGUGAUAGAACCGUUGAUUGCAGAGAAUCAAAGCAAAGGCUCGUCGAAUUUGCAAGAUGAAUACGACGAAGAGCUUCAAUACGUUCUUAUGUUGAGUCGAGGUGAAAUUUGA